UAUAUAAUUGUUCUGGAAGCUUCGUUCCUUCUCUUAAACGCCGAGGUAAGGCAGGCGGCGGCUCAGUAUAUCUCCAGUAUUCAUCGACUUCAGUUGAAUCAAUCUUGGUACAAUGUCUAAGGGACCAGCUGUCGGUAUUGAUCUGGGGACCACCUACUCCUGUGUUGGAGUGUUCCAGCAUGGCAAAGUUGAAAUUAUUGCCAAUGACCAAGGAAACAGAACUACACCAAGCUAUGUUGCCUUCACUGACACUGAAAGACUGAUUGGGGAUGCAGCCAAAAAUCAAGUUGCCAUGAACCCCACAAACACAAUCUUUGAUGCGAAACGUUUGAUUGGCAGAAGGUUUGAGGACCCUGUGGUUCAGUCGGACAUGAAACACUGGCCUUUCAAAGUGAUCAGUGAUGGUGGGCGGCCCAAAGUGGAGGUUGAAUACAAAGGAGAGAACAAAAACUUCUAUCCUGAGGAGAUUUCUUCUAUGGUGUUGGUGAAAAUGAAGGAGAUUGCUGAGGCCUACCUUGGAAAGACCGUCACUAAUGCAGUGAUAACAGUACCAGCUUACUUUAAUGACUCUCAGCGGCAAGCCACCAAAGAUGCUGGUACAAUUUCUGGUCUGAAUGUGUUGCGAAUCAUUAAUGAACCUACUGCUGCUGCCAUUGCAUAUGGCUUGGACAAGAAGGUUGGAUCUGAGAGGAAUGUGCUCAUUUUUGAUCUUGGUGGUGGCACCUUCGAUGUGUCCAUCCUAACAAUUGAAGAUGGCAUUUUUGAGGUCAAGUCCACUGCUGGGGACACUCACCUGGGAGGGGAAGACUUCGACAACCGCAUGGUGAACCACUUCAUUACUGAGUUCAAGCGCAAGCACAAGAAGGACAUCAGUGACAACAAGAGAGCAGUUCGCCGUCUGCGCACUGCCUGCGAGCGUGCAAAACGCACCCUGUCCUCCAGCACUCAAGCCAGCAUUGAGAUCGACUCCCUUUAUGAGGGUGUUGAUUUCUACACCUCCAUCACCAGGGCCCGCUUUGAGGAGCUCAAUGCAGAUCUCUUCCGUGGGACCCUGGAUCCAGUAGAGAAGGCUCUCCGUGAUGCGAAGAUGGACAAGUCUCAGAUCCAUGACAUCGUCCUGGUUGGUGGUUCUACUCGCAUCCCUAAGAUCCAAAAGCUUCUCCAAGACUUCUUCAAUGGCAAAGAACUCAACAAAAGCAUCAAUCCUGAUGAGGCUGUGGCUUAUGGUGCAGCUGUCCAGGCUGCCAUCCUCUCAGGUGACAAGUCGGAGAAUGUUCAGGACCUGCUGCUGCUGGAUGUCACUCCUCUGUCUCUUGGAAUUGAGACAGCAGGUGGAGUCAUGACUGUUCUCAUCAAGCGCAACACCACCAUUCCAACCAAGCAGACCCAGACUUUUACCACAUACUCUGAUAACCAGCCUGGUGUGCUGAUUCAGGUCUAUGAGGGUGAGCGUGCCAUGACCAAGGACAACAACCUGCUGGGCAAGUUUGAGCUCACUGGAAUCCCCCCUGCCCCUCGUGGUGUUCCCCAGAUUGAGGUCACUUUUGACAUCGAUGCUAAUGGCAUCAUGAAUGUCUCUGCUGUCGACAAGAGCACUGGCAAGGAGAACAAGAUCACAAUCACCAAUGACAAGGGUCGUCUCAGCAAGGAGGACAUUGAGCGCAUGGUGCAGGAGGCUGAGAAGUACAAGGCUGAGGAUGAUGUGCAGCGUGACAAGGUGUCUGCCAAGAAUGGCCUGGAAUCCUAUGCUUUCAACAUGAAAUCCACUGUGGAGGAUGAGAAGCUGAAGGGCAAGAUCAGUGAUGAGGAUAAGCAGAAGAUCCUGGACAAAUGCAAUGAGGUCAUCAGUUGGCUUGACAAGAACCAGACUGCUGAGAGAGAAGAGUAUGAGCACCAGCAGAAGGAGCUGGAGAAGAUCUGCAAUCCCAUCAUCACCAAACUGUACCAGAGUGCUGGGGGCAUGCCUGGUGGGAUGCCCGAUGGGAUGCCUGGAGGAUUCCCAGGAGCUGGAGCUGCACCUGGGGGUGGAUCUUCUGGGCCAACCAUUGAGGAGGUUGAUUAAGCCAUUCUAAACUACCUCCAGAGCAAUGUUUACAGUCCUUACCCUCUGUAGUAGCUUUCCUCUGAAACACUAGGUUGUGGUCUCAGGGUUUUAGUUGGGUUUCUGCUAUAGAGUGACCAGAUUAAACAAAUAAAAUAUUGACUAGGUGGUGAAAUGGGAGUCAAUUUACACACAGGGAACAGAUUUUUCUACUUGAAUGUUGUAUGACAACUGUUAAUGGAAUUUUCAUAAGCCUUUUUGGCAACAGCCAUGUUUCUCUGCAAUUGAACAUAAAUAAAGUAACUACCCUAU